AUGAUCUUUUUGAUAGAGAUCAGGCAAUCGGAUGAGACUAUAUCCAAAAGGCAAUCAGACCUCAAGUAUGCGGAUAGUUUUGCUGUCUCUCCUGUCGGUAAUAGCGGUGGUCUUGCUCUUUUGUGGAAGAAUACAGUCUCUGUUGUAGUUCUUCCCAGUAACAAGAAUUUUAUAGAUUCUGUUGUGUCUUUUGUUGCUGAGGGUUUCCAAUGUAAAAUAACUUGGAUGUAUGGAAACCCUCAUACUAAUGAAAAAUCGUCUUUCUGGUACUCUAUGUUUCGCAGAUUCUCCCCUGUUUCAACCCCGUGGUUAUGUUUAGGUGAUUUCAAUGACAUCUUGAAUGCUUUUGAAAAAUGGGGAGGAGCUACUCGUCUUCAAUGGCGAAUGAAUCUUUUUAGAAAUUUCCUCACUCACACUGAGCUUCGAGACCUCAAUUUUCAGGGACCUAUUCACACUUGGUAUUGUAUGAGACAGAGCCAAAUCUUUAUCAAGGAAAGGCUGGAUAGGUCCCUUGGAAAUGUACACUGGUGUGCUGCACAACCAAAUUCCCAAAAUUUCAAUCUGCCAAAGCUCGGCUCUGAUCACCGCCCCAUCUUGCUUGACACUAAUCCUCUUGAAACAAGAGGUCCCCCGGUUUUCAGAUUUGAGCACACCUGGACUACACAUGUUGAGUGUUUUGGCACUAUUCAAGAAAAUUGGCAUGAUACCAACAAUCGCUCUCCCAUGAAUCAGUGGUCCAAAAACCUGCAUUCUUGCAAAAAGGCUCUUAAAAAGUGGAGUAAGGUGGCCUUCCCGAAUUCAAAAGAUGAAGUGGCUGGCCUUACAAGACAACUAGAAGCUCUCCUUACGGAUGCUACUCCCAAUGCUGGUCAUCAAAUUCAGAUGUUAACUUCCCAAAUUCACCACCUUUGGGGCCUGGAAGAGAUGUUCUGGCACCAGCGUUCCAGAGUCCAGUGGUUAAAUCUUGGGGACCAUGGUCCGAGGGACUGGGAUGAUGUCCUUAAUCUAGUCGACCCCAUCAUAUCUCCCGAGAUGAACGCCUCCCUUCUUGCUCCAGUCUCUGUUCAGGAAAUCCACGAUGCAGUCUUCCAACUCGGCCCUUUAAAAGCGCCUGGUCCUAAUGGCUUUUCUGGAAUUUUUUACCAAUGCUACUGGAACAUAGUCAAUAAAGUUAUUGUUGAGGCCACAACCGAUUUCAUGUCAACUGGCACCCUCUUGCACUCCAUCAACAAGACCAACCUGGUUCUUAUCCCAAAAAUCCAAGCUCCUACACUGCCUUCUCACUUCCGGCCAAUCGCACUUUGCAAUUUUUCUUACAAGAUACUUGCGAAGGUGCUCACAAACAGAUUGCAGCCACUAAUGCCUGAUAUUAUCACCAAGGAACAGUCGGCUUUCGUCAGUGGAAGACAAAUUCAGGACAAUGUCAUUGUGGCCCAUGAAAUCUACCAUCACCUCAAAAUGCUCCGUACUGGUUCAGAUUUCGAAUUGGGAAUCAAGUUGGAUAUGAAUAAAGCUUACGACCGCUUGGAGUGGGAUUUCCUUGAAGCUGUUCUUUACAAGUUAGGAUGCUCUCCCCAAUGGAUUAAUCUGGUGAUGAAUUGUGUGAGAUCUGUGAACAUAUCAGUUUUAGUCAAUGGCAAAUCAUCUCAACGUUUCUGCCCAACCCGGGGAAUUCGCCAAGGAGACCCACUGUCUCCUUUCCACUUUCUUUUUGUGAGUGAUAUCCUUUCUACCAUUGUUAAGAAGGCCUGCCAAACUCGACAAAUCAUCCCAAUUGCUCUGACUAACUCAGGCCCCUCUGUUAGCCAUCUCUUAUUUGCGGAUGACACACUGUUCUUUGUCAAAGCCUCUCAACAUAAUUGUGAGUUCCUAUCUCAUAUCCUUAAAGCCUAUUGCCAUGCUUCGGGCCAGCAGAUCAAUCAGCAAAAGUCCUCACUCUUCUUCAGCCCUAACACCCCUUCGGACUUAGUAACUCAACUUAGCACCAUCUUGGAUAUGGAACCAGUCACUAAUCCCGGAAAAUAUCUGGGUCUUCCAAUAGUUUGGGGCAGGUCAAAGCAUGCCGCCUUAGCUUACAUUAGAGAUUCAAUUGCAACAAAGCUUCAAGGUUGGAAGCAAGCAACCCUCACACAGGCUGGAAAAGAAAUUCUUAUUAAGUCCGUGGCUUCGGCAAUUCCGGCUUAUCCGAUGGCAUGCUUUCUGUUCCCAAAAACCCUGUGCAAUGACAUCAACUCAGCUCUUGCAAAGUUCUGGUGGGGCAAGUCAGGGGAAAGAGGUACUUCCCAAACUCCUCUUUCAUGGAAGCAAGAAAAGGUGCUUCGCCAUCCUGGGUUUGGAAUAGCAUUCUUGCUGGAAGGGAGCUUUUUCAAAAAGCAUCAAUCCCCUUCGCCGGCAGACGUUAUAGACAAAGCGAUUCGAUCCUACACUGAGUUUCUUACCUCAACUAAGAAACUAAUGCCACUUCUCAAGGUUCCGGCUCCAAAACAGACUCAUUGGACUCCUCCUCCUGCUAACUGUUACAAGAUAAAUACUGAUGCAUCGUGGGACCAGAGCUCACUGCGUUGUGGCCUUGCUGCUAUUGUGCGUGACUCUUCUGGGCAGCUUUUAGAUGGUUUGUUUGUCCACACAACAGCCCCUACCCCUGUCGUCGCUGAAGCGUUGGCCCUUACUUUGGUUUGCUCCCUCUUUACAAAGCUCCCUGCUACCGCUUCUAUCAUUGUGGAAUCUUACUCUCUCCCAUUAAUCCAAGCAAUCUCUUCUCACCGUUCCCUAGUGGAUUGGCAAGCUCAACCACUAGCUCAGGGCCUUCGCCUGUUUGCGCAAGCUGCCCCUGGUAUUAGCUGGAUCUGGACCAGUAGAGAUGCCAACAAAGCCGCAGAUCAUGUUGCUUCGUUGGCUCGUCGGAGGAUGUGCCCUGCUACCUGGCUUCAGCAGCCCCCUUCCUCCUUGUUGCUUAUUUUAUUGUAUGAUGGAGAUCCUCCUCCCCCUUAG